CUGACAUUGUGCAUGACUUUAGUAGGUACCAUACCCCAAUACUUUUUUUCGGAAAGGAGCAGAUAACAGUAUUCAUGGAUACAUACUACAGAGACGAAGCAUCGCUCCGCUUUCUUCAUCCAAUCUCCAACAGAGACAAAAAUGUCCGUAAACACGCGUUCGAUGCCAUCAUUCAGACGAUUGAGACAUGGCUGACAGGAAAUUUUACGCCAUUUAACUCGCUAGAACAGAUCAGUGGCAAUGGACUGCAUGGAGGGGUUGCGAUUGCAAAACUCCAAGAACGUGUUCCAGAUCUGUUACGCCUUAGAUGCUGUUGCCCCUUUAAAGACAUCCGGGACAAAACAAAGACUUUGCUGGACGAAUUAAAGAAAAAGGGCAAGGCAAAGGGGCUGAAGAUUCCACGGGGCCUGCCGUUAGUGAGCACAUUUAUACCGGACAGAGAGGUGGUCCCAGUUGAAACCAAAGAUGAACAGACGCAGAUGCUGUUUGUGGACGCGUUCAUUCAGAACAACCGCCUGGACCAUGUCACCCAGGUGAUGGCCUACCACCCUGACUAUCUGGCCUGCUUCCUGCGCACACAGCAGUACCUCCUGCGUGGGGACGGACCCCUUCCCUACCACUACAGGCAUUACAUUGCCAUCAUGGCUGCAGGCAGACACCAGUGCAGUUACCUGAUCAACCUACACACGCAGGAGUUCAUUCUUGCUGGCGGUGACCCUUCCUGGUUGAACGGGCUGGGAAACAUCCCGAACAAACUGCGAGACCUGUAUGAGUUGAACAAAAUACUGGCACACCGCCCGUGGAUGAUCUCAAAAGAACACAUAGCAAGCCUAGCCAGUGGCAAGGACAACUGGUCUAUAUCGGAGCUCGUGCACGCCCUGAUACUCCUCUCCCACUUCCACGCUCUGUCCAGCUUUGUGUACGGUUGCGGUAUCACGCCCGAGGUGGACCACGAUGGGGGUUACACUUACAGCGGGAAGAACUCACCCUCCAGCAGUAAGGCUAACAGCCGGGCCACCAGCAAACAUGUGUCACCUUCCUCGUCUUUCUCCGAGUCUGGUGGGGACCUGGGUAUCUCGGUGCUCCUGGAGCGUAUGCAGAAGCUGACCGAUGCCGACCUGGGAGAGAUGACCUCAGAGGAGCUACUCAAGCAGUUCGAGAACAUAGAGAACCAGAGUGCAGAGAUCACUGCCAGCGGGAUAAUACCAGCACCAAAACGAGAUGUAUUGAAAUUCGUUGAGGAGCCAGACUUUGUGUAUACAGAUUUUGCAAAGCGUGGAACGCCUUCGAAGAUCCCAUCAUUCCGCGUGCAGGAGUACUCCUGGGAAGACCACGGCUUCUCCAUGGCCAACCGAUACUACUCAGAGAUAGGCACGCUGCUUGAUGACAAGUUCACCUGCGCAUACAACCUGACUUACUAUACUAUGGGUGACAAGAUGAAUGUUGACACGACCAUGUUCCGCCGAGCAGUGUGGAACUACAUCCACUGCAUGUACGGCAUACGCCAUGACGACUACAACUACGCUGAGGUCAACCAGAUGCUGGAGAUAAACCUCAAGGCGUACAUCAAGACAGUCACGUGCUACCCCGAGCGACUCACCAAAAAAGACUAUGACAAUGUCAUGAAGGAGUUUAAACACUCUGAAAAGGUACAUGUCAACCUAAUGUUGUUGGAGGCGCGCCUGCAGGGGGAGCUGUUGUACAGCCUGCGCGCUAUCAUGCAGUACAUGACGUGAAACCCUAACGAAAGUUCCUCUUUAAGAUCAGCCCCCUGAUUUGCUGGCUGGAUUGCAACUGAUCAUCUCAUUGGCUGGCUGGAUUGCAACUGAUCAUCUCAUUGGCUCAUAGGUCAUCUGAUUAGGCUGUUGGUGAUAACCAGAUUCCAUUGAAUAGUAAAAACAUGUGCAGAUGUCUUUGUAUUGUUAGAAUAAAUCAGUGACAUUAACGAAAAAAAGUUUUUUUUCCGAAGCCAGUAUAUUUGUUCAGUAUGUUUGUUGUUUGAUCAACAAUUUAAGGGUUAAAGCUGAUUUUCUAAAAGUUCUGCAUACUAGUACAUCAUUUUACUGUUCAUAACUGCAUGCUGGAAAGGGGUGAUUAUCCAUGACAGCGCUGUGCCGCCAGGCCCAAGCCCUCUGUAAACAAUGGACCCAUUUUGCUGAAAAAACUGAUUGGGUGCUAUUUAUAGACAUGGUGUUUUGAAGUUGCUUUAUCAUUGAGCUUUGUUGGCCAGUCUAGGGAAGGUACAUAUUUUUGUUGGUGGACAGGGAGCAUACGAAGUGUUCUUGUGUUUGUGUAUAUAUAUUUAUGUUGAAAAUGGCAUUUUUCAAAUUAUAAGGUAUUAGUAUUUUUGAAAAUAAUGUAUGUUAUAUUCAAUGUAGAGGAAUUUGUUUAAUUUUUUAUUUGAACUUGUCUCCCUUGUUAAUGACUUUCUUUGGCCAUUUUGUCAUGUUUGUUUAGUAAAUCAAGUCUUGUGAGGAAUGUUUGUUGUUGACGCUUCCUUAUAUCUGUGAUAUGUGUUUGCUUGUACAUGUUACUUGAAUGAUCAAAGCAGAAUGGUUCCGGUAGAUGAAUUAUUCUUGCGUUCCUGAGAUCAAUCAAUGAUAACUGACAUGAGAUUAGUCAAAGUUGUACCAAUGACUCUAGUUUUAAUGUUGUAUUGUGAGAAAAGUGAUUUGUCAAGAAGUGAAUGUCUCAUCUUGAUGGUAAAUUGUUUAACACCUUGUGUUUAUGCUUGCAGAUGUCUGUGAGUGACUAUUGUUUAGACAAAUAAGUGUCCUGUAUAUUUUAGCAUAUAUAGAGUACUUUUGAUGAGUGUUCCAUAAACAAGAACUCCACUGUUGUUGAUUACCGGUAAACAUUUCCUCGAGACCAGCAUUAAACAUUUCAUAGUGAUAUGUUGACAUUGAGCUUUGAUCAGAGAUGGCUGCCAUCCAAAUAUGUGUGCUUAUGCUUAAAUAUGGUGGUCUUGAUCAAUGGAGCUGUAUUCUGGAAAAACUGGGCUAAAUGCAUGUGUACAAAGUGUUGCCGCAGAUAAGCCUGUGCAGUCUACACAGGCUAAUCAAUGUCCCCCUAGACUGGAUUAUGGUUUAGAAGAGAUGACGUUUAAAUAAAAAAAUGCUGUGAAAAGGGAAAGUGUCUUCUCAGUUUUUCCAGUACUAAGCCCAUUUGAUGUAUAAACAUUCUUUUUGCAAGAAACAUACAUUAACAAGAUUUUAAGUGUGGAAAAUGUGCUGACCAUGUGCUUUAUUGAAAAUCGUCUUGCAGUUUUUGGUGCUUUUGUGUUCAUUCUAGACAAAUUAUAAUACUUGUUGGGCAUUACAUGGUGUUGCAUUUCUUGCUAAGAAAACAUUUUAAUAUGGUAUAUUUAGUUACAGCAUUAGCUCUUUUGUUGUCAAAUGUUCUGUCUUGCCUGGUUUUAAUUUAAAACGGGUGUUCAAGUAAAAUAAUUAGGCUUCAUGUGUUUUUUCUCCAUGACUAAAGGGAUGAUGGUCUGUGUUGUUUACAUUUGCUUACAUACAUAUUAUUAAAUAAAUAACGAUAAUCUGAAGGAUCUACUCCUGAUGAUUUUUUACUAAUAAUAAAAAACAAGUUUGUUUGUCUGUUACAAUUACGUAAGCAUUAAAUUGUCAAAAAAACAACAAUGUAGACCUAGUCAUUUUUACAGGUGUAUACAUGUUGUCAAUAAACAUGGCAUAAGAAACAGUUACUACAUCGAUUACUGAUUUAUUGAUUCCUUGGUAAUUAAAUUAUAUGACAUAAUCAUUCAUCUCUUAAAAUAUUAGCAUAUCAACUUUGAAUUGUUGUAUCUUUUUUCCAGCUAUUUGUGCUUGUUUUAAAAAUUUCACGCCCCCAGUUUUUUAGUUAAGCUGUAAACAUGUGUUUGUAAUGAAAUUGUGAUUUCGUAAUAGUAAUCAGUGUGUUGUAUGUUAAAUCUGCUUAUUUGAUUAAAAACGCAUUUUGUUUUGGGAUAUUCAAUAUUGUGCUAUUCCAAGUGAUUAAAUAUGGCCGCUUCUGAAAAGUGAGAAGACAAGUUGGUCAUGGUAACAGUAUUAUUAUUAUUGGAAAGGGCGCGAACAGCCAAACACAUUUGUAUAGUAUAUCAUGUUUGAGAUGGUUUUGGUGUAUAUUAUUUGUGGGCUAAGUAUAAUUUUUAUUCUUAACAAUCAGUUCACUCAGAAAGUAAAAUAUAACAUAAAACAACAAAAACAAACAGGGUAAGUUGUUUUUUCUUUAAGAAUGAAUACUAUAUGUAAUAGCUAAAAUGAUAAAGAAUGAAAAAAGAACGCAUUUAUAUACCGCACAUGUUUUCAUAAACCCUUAACCCUUUGAGCGCUGGAACCGGAAUUUGAAGGCCUUUGCAAACAGUUUGGAUCCAGAUGAGACUCAUCAGGAUCCAAACUGUUUGCUAUUCUGAUAGUAUUCUUUAAAAAAAAAUUGAAGAAAAUUGCUAAUUUUAGAAAUUUAGCAGACAACAUUUUAGCCGACAACAAAUUUCCCUGCAUGCAAAGGGUUAAUAUUUUGGGAUGUAAAUCCUGCUCCUUAUUAUUAAUACACAUAAUCGGGAGUGUUUGGUUGAUAUAGAAACCUGUUUUCUCCUUGGUGGGCUGUGUGUUUGGCUUUCGGUAUAGGUAAAGGAGUCCGUAAUCUCAUGCGCUUGUUUCUGUGAUAGAUCUGAGGGUGGCUAGAAAUGUCCUGUGUUGAACACCGCAAAGUUGUGAUUGCUAAUAGAACCCAGCUGAGGCUUAACCUUUCAGCGCUGGAACCGAAUUUUAAAGGCUUUUGCAAACAGUUUGGAUCCAGAUGAGACGCCACAGAAUGUGGCGUCGCAUCAGGAUCCAAACUGUUUGCUUUUCUGAUAGUAUUCUUUGAAAAAAAAUUGAAGAAAAUGCUAAUUUUAGAAAUUUCCCAGCAUGCAAAGAGUUAAAUAGCUCCCAACUGUUUUUUUGUGUC